ACUCUGCAGCAAGACUUUACAGCCGUUUGCUUGCUCGUUAGUGUCAUGGAAGCCGUUGCCCUUCUAGAUUAUAAGGCAGCCAACGCGAAUGAACUCAGCUUUAGUGCGGGUGAUAAACUCCAAGUUUUUCAAAAGGAUAGUGACUGGUGCAAAGCGGAGCUACGUGGGAUAGGCGGCUUUGUUCACAGCAAUUAUAUUAGGUAUACACCCCACCCAUGGUUCCUUGGGAAAGUUGACAAAGCCGAAGCUGAGGAAAUACUUAAGGACAUGCCUCACAAUGGAAACUUCCUUGUACGAGAAAACGAGCACUCACCAGGAUCCUUCAAGCUCUCUGUCAAGAGUGGAAAUGGCGUGGAGCAUUUCGAUAUACUUCGUGAUGGUUCCGGACAAUAUUUCAUUUGGGUGGUGAAGUUCAAGUCCAUAAAUGAACUGGUGUCAUACUUCCACAAGUCUUCAGUCUCUCAACAUCAUUCUCUGAUACUCAAGACAGAUGAACUUCAGCCCGAGAAACAACGUUUUGUGGCAAUCGACGACUUUGAGCCCCAGGAGAAGGGUGAACUGGCCCUCAAGAAAGGAGACGUCAUUAAGCUGUAUGAUGACUCUCUUGGCCAAUGGUGGAAAGGCGAGUGCAACGGAAAGAUGGGCAUGUUCCACCGCACGUACGUGACUCCGCUGGAAAAAUAGAUGCAGGGACUCGGUGGACGGGAACAUGAAAUACGUGUGGUUUCAUUGUAGGUUGUGGCUCGGACAAUACUUUGUCUAUUUAUUUUAUUUGUAUCGCCUUGGGAAACUAACAAGAUUUCUUACAAAUUACUUCUUUUGAAAUGCUGGGUGUUAUAUUCGGAUUACUUUUGCGUGACUAAUGUGUCGGACUAUCACUUUGUCUUAUAAAGUUAAAGUACCAAUGAUUGUCACACACAUGUGUGUGACCCCUGGGAUGAUAAUUUCUCUGAAAGAAUGGGUCGGGUUGUGCGUAGGUUUGUGUGUGUGUGUGUGUGUGUGUGUGUGUGUGUGUGUGCGUGCGUGUGUGUGUGUGUGUGUGUGUGUGUGUGACUAUUUUGUCCUUGUUUACAUGAAUCAAUAUUGCCUGUAAAGACUUUUUACAAAUAAUACUUGUUGGCUAAGCUCAUCUAAUGUGAUGCGCCCGUGCAUCACAUUAAAUUCUUACUGAAAAACUGUGGGCUACAGCAGCAAUAUCACAAAAAUUAAUCGGAUGUUACAUUGUCACAGCACAUUGCCACCUCGACAUGGUUCGAAUUUGGAGUUUAACCAAAUGUUGCUCUCCUCUUGGCCUUAAAGCAGGAGUGUCAAACGUACGGCAAACAGGUUUUAUCCGGCGCAAUGGAUGAGUUUGCUAAGUAUAUAAAUGAGCCCAAAUUUUUGAAUGAAAGAAACUGCUCUUCUAAAUGUGUCCACUAGAUGUCGCAAUAGCAAUUCUUUGUAGCUUAUGCUACAUAGGUAGCUGAGCGAUCCCGAAAGGGACAAGCGGUAGAAAAUGGAUGGAUGGAUUGAAAAAAAUAAUAAACCACAUGAUGUUAGUGCACUAGUCGAGGAAAAUGAGCAAACUACAUAAAUAACAUCCUGUAAUUUGAUUUUGAUCUGGAUAGACUGAAAAAAUUAACACCAAUGAGUUGACUGAUAAACACUGUCACAUAAUUUAUUUAGAAAGUAUAAAUAACGACAAAUAAAGAUACAAUACUAUUAACCGCAACAUGUAAGUGUUAAAAAACAACAAAACAUUAUUGUGAUGUGUACAUUUUCAUAAAGUGUUUGGUCUAUUUUUAAACAAAGAAAAAAAUCUGAAGUUGUCUUUAUUUUUAAGUUAUCGUGGCAUGAUUUUACCAGUCCGGCCCACUAGGGAGUAGAUUUUUCUCCAUGCCGCCCCCAAUCUAAAAUGACUUUGACACCCCCACCUUAAAGUGUUGUUCAUGAUGCAAUUGCGGAGUAAAUGUGUGAUAAUAACCACAGAAGCACUAUAUUUACAACCAACAAAUGGUGGCUAUUGAGAAAUAUUGACACAGCAACCACAAAGGACAAGCAGUGCUCAGUUAGGGCCCCAUCCUCUCAUUUGUGCUUAGCAUUGUGAGAGACAUGACGACGGAUGUAUUUUUUUGAAUGCAUUCUAAAUAGUAAAUAAAUGUGAAUAAAAGUCAGUUUACAGCAGAGCCCAUGGGAGGUCCUCUAUUCCACCCAUAAAACCCAAUUUAAAAAAAAGCCUCCAAAAAGCGCCAACAAUACUCCAUUCAUAUUACCAGACUUGAAUUUUAACCAAGUAUUAGUGAUAUUGUUAUUAUAAGUGCUAAUUGGGGGUUAAAUCACAAUAAAUGAUUCCCGGGCGCGGCACCGCUGCUGCCCACUGCUCCCCUUGCCUCCCAGGAGGUGAUCAAGGGUGAUGGGUCAAAUGCAGAGAAUAAUUUCGCCACAUCUAGUAUGCGUGUGACAAUCAUUGGUACUUUAACUUUAACUUGAACUUUUAAUGCAGACAAACGAUUUAUAGCGGCGUUGUGAUCACAAGAGUGUGUGCCAAACUUUACAGCACGGAAUGAAGAGCUGCUUCCUCGCUUCCGUUGCUUGUGAAAGUCUAUUGUAGAUCAUAAAUCAUGCAUCUCACCUGGAUCGUAGAAGGAUGAGAAUGUAUUCCGACAAGUUGGUACACUUUGACAGCCAAUUUAGACCCAGGAAUGCCGAGAACGACAUUAAAAGAUACUGGGAUCCACCCCACUUUUCUUUAUAGGGAUUAUGACUCAUUUUUCAUCUAAAUGGGAAUAUAACAGGAUUUUAUCAUUUGGCAUCCUAAUUACAGCAGAAAUUGCACAGUAAGUGAUGUUUUAUUAUGUUUGUUGGCGCUCAUAAAGUCUACAGGGAGUCUUCUUCAUCUGACAUCACAUGGACAAAGAUAAGACCUUCUGGAGGAAAGUGCUGUGGUCAGAUAAAACAAAAAUUGAGCUUUUUUGCCACAAUACCCAGCAAUAUAUUUGGAAGAGAAAGGGUGAGGCCUUUAAUCCCAGUAACACCAUUCCCACCAUCAAGCAUGGUGGUGGUAGUAUUAUGCUCUGGGUUUGUUUUGCUGCCAAUGGAACUGGUGCUUUACAGAGGGUAAAUUGGACAAUGAAAAAGGGGGAUCGCCUCUAAAUUCUUCAGGACAACCUAAAAUCAUCAGCCAGGAGGUUGAUGACUUUACCACUGUAGCUCCGCCCCUUCUAAAGUCAUGUACACUAUCCUGGCAGAGGAUACAAAGUAUGUCUAUUGCGACAUCCAGUGGACCCAUUAAGAACAGCGGUUUCUUUCAUUCAAAAACGUCAGCUAAUUUUUAUACUUAGCAAACUCAUCUCGCGGGUGAGAUAAAACCUGUUCCCGCGUGGCAUACGUUUAACACCCCUGCUCCAAAAGGAGGUGAAAUCAAAUUUUCUCGAAAAGCAACUUAUCUUAAGCAUUUCACCGCUGUAUUUGAGACCCAAACAGACGAAUCCAUCAGGAUCAAUCGGGGCAUCGAAAUUUGAUGACAUCAUCCACAAUCUGUGUUCAUGUUAGCUCGCUUUGUGUCUGUUUUGCAGUGAUUGUAACUAAAUUAAAGCAUCAAUAAUGAGUAACUUUGAUUAAAUAAUUGCGUAUUUGGUGUGGUUUCCAUGGCCAUGCUGGUACCAUGCAAGAUUAGUCUGUUUUUUUUUUGCAAAGAAACAUUGUUUGGGUCUGUUUUUGCUGUAAAAUUUGUACGAAAUGAUCAAAACUAAGUGUUUGUGAUAGGCGUGCAUUUUUUAAAUGUAAACUAUCAUUUCGGUUAUUGGAAAAUGAUUCAAUUGCAACCUACAUCAACAGGAUGUCUUAUGAAAAGCUUUACAAAAAACAUUGACUCACUCUAAACAAGGAGAAUGGAGAUAUCUGUUGUUGCAAAUGGACUUGCUAAUGUGCAAAAUAAAUAAAUAAAAAACAUUGAAAACAAA